CCUUCGCCGCCAGCCAUCAUCACCACUCAACCCUACUGGUUCUCACCCAGCCUCCCACCCAGCCAUCCAUACAUCAACCCCCUGGAUCUCAACCCAGCCUACACGCCAGCAUCAUACACCACUCAACCCCCUGGGAUCUCAACCCAGCCUACAACCCAGCCAUCAUCAACACUCAACCCCCUGGAUUCUCAACCCAGCCUACACCCAGCCAUCAUCACCACUCUCACCCCUGGAUCUUCAACCCACGCCUACCCCCAGAGUGUCUUCCCACACCUCCCCAUCCCCAAGCUCUUCCCAACCCCACCGCUCCCCAUUCUCUUCCCAACCUCAAGCCCUCCCAAGGUCUUCCCGCCCCAACCCUCCCCAACCUCUCCCAACCAACCCUCCCAAGGUCUUCCCACCCCAACCCUCCCCAAUGUCUUCCCAACCCAACCUCCCCAAGGUCUUCCCAACCCCAACCCUCCCAAGGUCUUCCCAACCCCAACCCUCCCCAAUCUUUCCCAACCCCAACCCUCCCAAGGUCUUCCCAAACCCCCAACCCUCCCCAAUCUCUUCCCCAACCCCAACCUCCCCAAUCUCUCCCAGACCCCAGCCCUCCCCAAUCUCUUCCCAACCCUCCCCAUCCCCAAGGUCUUCCCAACCCCAACCCUCCCCAAUCUCUUCCCAACCCCAACCCUCUCCAAUCUCUUCCCAACCCAACCCUCCACAAUCUCUUCCCAACCAAACCCUCCACAAGGUCUUACCCCCCCAACCGCUCCCCAAGGUCUUUCCCAACCCCCCAACCCUCCAAGGUCUUCCCAACCCCAACCCUCCCCAAUCUCUUCCCAACCCCAACCUCCCCAAGUCUUCCCACCCCACCCUCGCCAAUUCUUCCACCCCCAACCCCGCAAUCUCUUCCGACCCAGCCCUCCCAUCUCUUUCCACCCUCACCCAUCCCAAGGUCUUCCCACCCCAACCUCCCAAUGUCUUCCAACCCCACCCUCCCCAACGGUCUUCCCCAACCCCAACUCCCAAGGUCUUCCCAACCCCAAACGCUCCCAAUCUCUCCCAACCUCCCAAACCUCCCAGGUUUCCAACCCCACCCUCCCAAUCUCUUCCCACCCCAACCCUCCCAUCUUUCCCGACCCACAGCCUCCCCAAUCUCUUCCACCCCUCCAUCCCCAGGGUCUUCCCAACCCAACCCUCCCCAAUCUCUUCCACACCCCAACCUCUCCCAAUCUCUUCCCCACCCCAACCCUCCACAAUCUCUUCCCAACCAAACCCCUCCACAAGGUCUUCCCAACCCAACCCUCCCCCAAGGUCUUCCCAACCCCAACCCUCCCCAAGGUCUUCCCAAAACCCGCUUACCAACCCUCCCAAUCUCUUCCCAACCCCAACCCUCCCCAAGGUCUUCCCAACCCAACCCUCCCCAAUCUCUUCCCCAACCCAACCUCCCCAUCUCUUUCCCACACCCACCCCUCCCCAUCUUCCCAACCCUCCCAUCUCACGGUCUUCCCAACCCCAACCCUCCCCAAUGCUCUUCCCAACCCCAACCCUCCCCAAGUCUUCCCAACCCCAACCUCCCCAUCUCUUCCCGACACCAACCCUCCCCCAAGGUCUUCCCAUCCCCAACCCUCCCAGCCUCUCCCCAACCCAACCCUCCCCAACCCCAACUCACCCUAG